UUAUUAUUAUAUUUAAUUAACAUACAAAAAUAAAUGCUCUUCUCUUCUCUCCUCAUUUCAUAACUGUACAAAAUUAAAUCGUGUAUAUACAUUUACACAUGUAAUGUAUAUCAUCAUCUUUAUCUUCCACUAUUUUCGCUUUUAAAGCGUUUUAUUGGAUCUCAAACUUUUCAAAACGGUUUCUACACUACACACCAUUAUUAUUAUUAUUAUUAUUUACAUUACAGUGAGCAGUACAUGUAUAUAUAUAUAUAAACUUACAGAGAGAGAGAAAGAGAGCCCCAUAUUCAAUAUUGUGAGAGUAACCCUUUUCUCAGAAUCCUAAAACAGAUAAUGGGUCGAGCUUGUUUUCCAACGAUUCUCCUUGUUUCUUUCUUAAUUCUCCUCUUUUUCUCUCAAGGAUUUGGGAGGAGUCUGAAAAAUGAAGAAUUUUCUGUAGAAGUAGUUGUAAAGGAGGAAAGUGUUGGUGGUGAUGAAAGUGUUAAAGGGAGGAAAAUGAUUGAAACAAUGGAUUAUGAUGAGCCAGAGCCAAACACCAACCCAAGAGGUGGGUUUUUCUACAGCCCACCACCCAACUGAUCAUCCUUCUCACCAAUUUUCAUAACAAAAUUCUCAUAAAAUUAAAUAAAUAAUAAUUAUGUAUUUGCUUCUCUCUAUAUACAUAUCUUUAUUAGUGUUUUGAUAUAUUAUGCAGAUUUACAGAGUUUUUUUUUUCUUGUGGAAGUGUAAAAUAUAUAUUUUAUGAAUAAUGAUGAUGAGUCUUCUGUGUUGUUCUA